GCCAUAUUCCUCCUGAACAAAGCCGCCGAGGAUGCGGAGCGGGCAGGAGCGCCCGGUACAAAACAGCGCAGGCUCGAAGCCCCGCGCUCUGCUCGUCCUGGCAGGAAGCGGGAGAGUCCGCCAGUAUGGAUGUGACAGCCGUCCCGGGUUAAGCCGUGACGGGCGUUUCGGGACCAGGUCACUGAGCUGCAGAUCUGUUUUGAGGAAGCCUGGAAUACCCCAUAUAAAACAGUCUCCCUGUCAUGGGAGCACUCACUCCCUCUGACCCAGUUCAGUCUUGUCUGCAUGACUCCUCCUGGAACUGAGAAAAAUUUACCAGGCAUCUGCCAUUUUAGAAAAGAGCAGAAAAUGAUGAAGUCCCUGGGGUUAGUGUCGUUCAAGGAUGUAGCUGUGGAUUUCACCCAGGAGGAGUGGCAGCAACUGGACCCUGCUCAGAGGACCCUGUACAAGGAUGUGAUGCUGGAGAACUACAGCCACCUGGUCUCAAUGGGGUAUCCAGUUUCCAAACCAGAUGUCAUCUCCAAGUUGGAACAAGGAGAAGAUCCAUGGAUCAUAAAGAGAGACCUAUCAAAUUGGAUCUAUCCAGAUGGAAAUCAGGCAGAUGGGAGACAAGGGAAGAAGAGUAACCUUGACAACCCCCAAUCAUGUAUUUUGGGUUCUGUUUCCUUCCAUAAUGAGAUACUGAAAGGAGUCACAAAGGAUGGUUCAUUGUACUCCAUUUUAAAAUUCUGUCAAGGUGAUGGCCAGCUGCAGAGAUAUCAGGAAAACCAAGACAAACUUUUCAGGCAAGUAACAGUCAUCAACAACAAAACAGUGACUGUGGUGUCAGACCAUAAAUAUAAUGCAUUGGGAAAAAUAUUUCAAGAGUGCAUACAGCCAUAUGUUUCAAGACAAAGACUCCAUAAGUAUGAUGCAUUUAAAAAAACCUUGAAAUCUAAUAUUGACCUACCCAGUUGUAAUAAGGGCAAUUCAAGAAAAAGCCCUGAUGAGAGUUUUGGAUAUGAAAAAUCAUCUAGCCAUGGUGUGUCCAAUUCUAAUCUUGAGAAAAUUCACAAUGGAGUAAUACCCUGUGAUAAUAAUCAAUGUGGGAACAUUUUCAGCAAUAAACAAUCCCUUAUUCAAUAUCAGAAUGUUGAAACUAAGGAAAAAACCUGUGUAUGUAUUACAUGUGGAAAAGCCUUUGCUAAGAAGUCACAGCUCAUUGUACAUCAACGAAUUCAUACUGGAAAGAAACCAUAUGAUUGUGGGGCAUGUGGGAAAGCCUUUAGCGAGAAAUUUCAUCUCAUUGUACAUCAGAGAACUCAUACUGGGGAGAAACCUUAUGAAUGUUCGGAAUGUGGAAAAGCCUUCUCUCAAAAAUCAUCCCUCAUUAUACAUCAGAGAGUUCACACUGGGGAAAAACCAUAUGAAUGUAGUGAAUGUGGAAAAGCCUUCUCCCAGAAAUCACCCCUCAUUAUACAUCAGAGAAUUCACACCGGAGAGAAACCUUAUGAAUGUAGAGAGUGUGGUAAGGCCUUCUCCCAGAAGUCACAGCUGAUUAUACAUCAUAGAGCUCAUACUGGAGAGAAGCCAUAUGAAUGUACUGAAUGUGGGAAAGCCUUCUGUGAGAAGUCCCACCUCAUUAUACAUAAAAGAAUUCACACUGGGGAGAAACCCUACAAAUGUGCUCAGUGUGAGGAAGCCUUCAGCAGGAAAACAGAACUCAUUACACAUCAGUUAAUUCAUACUGGGGAGAAACCUUAUGAAUGUACUGACUGUGGGAAAACUUUCUCCCGGAAGUCACAGCUCAUCAUACAUCAGAGAACACACACUGGAGAGAAACCCUAUAAAUGCAGUGAAUGUGGGAAAGCCUUCUGUCAGAAAUCACAUCUUAUUGGACAUCAGAGAAUUCACACAGGAGAAAAACCUUAUAUAUGUACUGAAUGUGGGAAAGCCUUCUCUCAGAAGUCCCACCUCCCAGGACAUCAGCGAAUUCAUACAGGAGAGAAACCUUACAUAUGUGCUGAAUGUGGAAAAGCCUUUUCCCAGAAGUCAGACCUUGUUUUACAUCAAAGAAUUCAUACUGGGGAAAGACCCUAUCAGUGUGCUGUAUGUGGGAAAGCCUUCAUCCAGAAGUCACAACUCACUGUACAUCAUAGAAUUCAUAAGAGUGUAAAAUCAUAAUUACCUGAACACAGAAAAGCCUUCAGUAUUAGCUCAAGCCUUAACAAAUACUAUAAACCUAAUUAAUUUGAUAAGUUUGUGGGAGACAUCUUUAUAGUUAAAAUUUUACAAGAAAAUUAAUGUCUGUAGUGUGGUGAUACCUAAUUCUUUCAGUAAAGAUGAUGGAAAAUAAUUAUAUAAGUGAGGGACACUUUCAAGGUGCCAUGUAAAGCUUUUAAAGUUAUGAACUGAAUGGUCAAUAGGAGAAAUUAUAUAUGUAGAAUAUUGUCAAGUUACAUGUUCCUUAUUAUACUACAUAACAAUAACCAGACAUUGUGGACUUGCUAAUAUUAGUUUGGCAUAAUUUUGACCAUACAGUAGUUCCCUAUAAAGGACAUGAAGAAAGCUUGAGUAAAAAAAAAAAAAAUCAGUUCCUAGAAACUGCUUUAUAUAGCAUGACCCGUAAAGUUACAUGUAAAAUUCUUGUACAAAGAUAGAAAGAUAGGUUGAUCAGAUUCAAGAAAAGUGAUAUUUAUGUGUUUUCCUGUCUCAAGCUUAGUAAGUUGACUUGUAUCUCUGGAAAGAUCCUGGACCUUGAAAUUGAUGUUUCUUGACGGGGUCUCCCCUUUACUGUCUCUCAUUGGGAAUUUGGUAUGGUGGACUGACUUUGGUACUGAUCCAGAUGAUCUUAGGUUUUAAUCCUGGCUUAACUACUCACAGAUUGUGUGACUUCAGGCAAGCCUACUUCACCCAUCUGAAUAUUUUUACUUAUUGGUAAAUAAAAGUAAAAUGUAGAGCACAUUUUCAGUUAAUAUUAGUUCAUUUUAUCUUUCCUCUCUAUCCUCCUGCAACAGGAUGCUAAGACUAAUAUGUCAAAGCCAUAUCUGAAUUUGCUUUGCAGUCCAGACACUCUGCUUUGAUAUCCCAUUCCUAUGAUUGUUCAUUUUACUGUCUUUGACCCUGGUGGCCUUGGUUCUUGGAAUGUUAAAGUGACAUUUUAUUAUGCUUUUAUUAUUUUUUACAUACACUUAUAUAAACUGUGGUGAUUGCACAUAAAGACCUUGUCUAAUGUCCCUUCAGUUCCUUUCUGACCCCUGCCCUGCAGGCCCAACUAUUUUCCCUGGGAACUGAGGACACUUACAGAGGAAAACUCUUGGAGUGAGAAGUCAUGCCUGCCAUGGAUUUGAGAACUUGAUAUCUCUAAAAUAUCUCCUGCUCUUCUUCCUGUGGUUUCACCUAUUCUUCCAUGACCAGUUUUAGAUGAAGACCCCUGCUGGAGGUGCCCUGCAGGAGGGCAUAUAUGGCAAGGAUGAGGGUAUCUAUAUGGAUAAACAUGGUUUACCCAUGUUCACAUAGUUCCCACUUGAUUCCUUCACAUUUCCCACCCUCCUGAUCCCCUUCCUGCAUGGCCUAACUGUCUAUUGUGAAAUGAUGGGGCCCCUCUGGUAAGGACUUCUGCAGGGCAGAGGGCACACCUGACAGAGAUGUGGGAACCUGUGUGGGAAAAUUCCUGGUUUCAUUAUGAAGAGUGAGCUGAGAACACUGACGUCAGGUAUAAUCAACCAUUCAGACCUGGGAAAGAAGGCCUACGGGUACAUCUCAUGCAUUGAGCUACUCUGGGGGUUCCUCAUGGAAGAUGUUCCAACUGGCCCUUAUGAAGACAUGAGAAGGACAAGAGAUCAUAUUGGGGACACACAGAAGUUUAGUGAAGAGGGAGUUCUAUAUAGUGACAGCUAUGGAACUUAUGCAGAUAACAAAGAUUCACACUUCCCACCUUACAGGCCUCCCAUUUGGUCCUUCCACUGUCACAGCCCCCAGGCAACCUCAUUGAUCUGAUAAUGGGUUUCUAUAAAAAUUCCUCUUCAAAUUUAGCACCUACUUGUUUAACACGUCACAACCACCAAUGCUUUUUUUUUUUUUAAAGAAUUUUACUAGAGGAGCUAGCUAGUGCAAUGAGGAAAGAAAAAGAAAUAAUAGGCAUAAGGAAUGGAAAGGAAAAAGUAAAAUGGGCAUUAUUUGCAGAUGAUACAAUUGUGUAUAAAGAAAAAAAUAUAUACUAAGUAUUAGAAAUAGAGGAGUUUAGUUGGUUUAUACAAUUUUAAUAUUAAAACUAAUUCUACACACCAGCAACAGUGUGAAAAUUUAAAGAUAGCAUUUACAUUAGCAUCAAAAAUAUAAAACACCUAAAAUAAAUCCAAUCAUGAAGUGCAAGACCUCUACACAGAAGAUUAUAAAACAUUAGUGAAUAAAAUUAAAGGCUUAAAUAAAUUAAAGGACUUACCAAAUUUGUUGGCUGGAAAACUGAAUAUUAAAGAUGCUAGUUUUCCCCAAAGUGAUUUAUAUAUUGCUGGGUAUAUGAGGAAAGAAAUUGAAAUCCAAAGGAACAAGCCCAUUCAUAAAAGAGAGUUAGCUCAUUUUAUUAUUGAACAACAACAGCAACAAAACACCAUAUAGCAUGCAGGUAGCCAGCAACCAGCUACAAAUUUCUAAUGGAUUUUUAGCUCUAUAUGGAAUUAAACCUACAGUUGGUAUAAAUCAUCCUAUUGUUAGUAAAUGGCAGAUAUUCAAUUUUCAUCAGUAGUUACAUUGAGCUUGCUCCUGUUAUGCAUAAGUCUUUAUCAGGCUUACUCUGAUACUCUGUUCUUCACAAUUCUUUGUCAGUACCUCCUCCUAUGGUUAGUCAUGGCACUGUAUCUAGCACAUAUGAUUAGUCAUAUCCUUCAAUGUUCCUCAAUAGAGUUAGAUAAGUUCAGUUUCCCACAAUAUUCAAUAUGUUCCAUAUCAAAACCCCAAUAAGCUUUUUUUUUGAAAUCUUACAAUUUAAUUCUAGGAUAACAUAUGGAGAUGCUAAAAGUCAAGAAUAGACAAGACACUUAUGAAGAGCAAAUUUGGAGAAUAUACCAG